AUGAGCAAAACAUUCCAAUUCCAGGACAUCCAAGUCCCGACCCCAGGUUUCGGCGCCAUGGGCCUCAGCUUCGGCCUCGGCAGCGAUCUCAGUCUCGAGGAAGCAGAGCCCGUCCUGCUCAAGGCCAUCGAAUUGGGGUGCACAUUCUGGGACACCGCAGUCGUGUACCAAGCCGGCGUGAACGAGAAGCUCCUCGGUGAUUUCAUUAGGAAGCACAAUGUCCGUGACAAGGUCUUCAUUGCAUCAAAAUGCGGAUUGAAGUGCUUCAACGGCGAAUCUGGUUGCACGAAUUCUGCGGAGCAUAUCAAGGAAUACAUCGAGGGCACCAUCUCUCGCCUCGGCUUCGCGCCAGACCUGUACUAUCUCCACCGCAUCGACCCCAACACCCCGCUCACCGAAUCGAUCCCCGCGCUCGAUGAGAUCCGCAGGCAGGGAAAGACGAAGUACAUCGGUCUCUCCGAGUGCUCGGCGAAGACGCUGCGUGCUGCCAAUGCCAUCGCGAAGAUCGACGCCGUGCAAGCAGAGUACUCCGCCUUCGAAACACUACACGAGACCGACGGCCUCAUCGACACCGCGAAGGAACUAGGCGUCGCAUACGUCGCAUACAGCCCCCUAGGCCACGGCUGGCUCGUCGAUAACUUCGACUACAACUCUCCCGACGACUUCGCCGCGAACGACUUCCGACGAUCAGUACCCAAAUUCCAAGGCGAGAACUUCUACAAGAACAAGGCGAUCGUGGAGGAGAUCAAGAAGCUCGCGGCGAAGAAGGGCGUCAAGACGUCGCAGAUUGCGCUUGCGUGGGUCGCCGCGCAGGGCAUGAUACCCAUCCCCGGUACCACGAAGUCCAGCCGGCUGGAGGAGAACUGGGCGUCGAGGGAUGUGGUGUUGACGGAGGAGGAGCGCGCGGAGAUGCGGAGGAUCGUCGAUGCUGCGAAGCCGACUGGUAACCGGUAUGCGGAGGCGCAGCAGAAGAUGGUUGGGCAUUAG